GCUCGCGGGCCUACUCACAGUUUGUGACAUCAAUUAACGGUCUCAGGCCACGAUCCGCCUCCCGGGCGCCGCCAUUUUGUGAAGUCAUCGCCGGGGCAUUGUGGGAUCAGGCUGAGGCGGAGCGAUGGCUGAGGAAGCAGGAGACCAUGAUACCACUACAGAGAGUGUAAAUGAAGAUACCAACCACGAUCCUCACUUUGAGCCAAUAGUCUCACUUCCUGAGCAAGAGGUAAAAACAUUGGAAGAAGAUGAAGAAGAGCUUUUCAGGAUGCGUGCAAAGCUCUUUAGAUAUGCCUCCGAGAAUGACCCUCCUGAAUGGAAAGAACGAGGAACUGGAGAUGUGAAGUUGUUGAAACACAAGGAAAGGGGAACAAUUCGCCUUCUGAUGAGGAGAGAUAAAACUCUCAAAAUCUGUGCAAACCAUUAUCUUACACCUUCCAUGGAGCUGAGGCCUAAUGUGGGAAGUGACCGGGCAUGGGUGUGGAAUGCACCUGCUGAUUUUGCAGAUGAAGAACCCAAACCUGAGUUGCUGGCUAUCCGGUUCCUGAACAAAGAAAAUGCACAGAAGUUUAAGGCGAAGUUUGAAGAAUGCAAAGGGAAGAUGAAACUAAACGAAGAUGAUGAUGAUGAGGAAAAUCCAGAUAAGGUUGCUGAAAAGCUAGAGGAAUUGUCUGUAAAGGAGGAUAAGAAAGAAUCCGCCAAAGAGGAAGAAUGUGAGAAGAAAGAAGUGACCAGUGAAAAAACUGCCGAGAAUUAAGUAAUCCUGGUCCCCGUUUCCCUUUCCUUUUUUUACAGCAGACUGUAAUGAACUGGGUGUGGGCACGGAUGAGCUCUUCCAGGCUCUUGCCCUGCGAUCCCAAAUUGGUUAUGAAGAUACAGUACCUUCACAGAAUGUCAUUCCUCAGUCAUCAGCCACCAUAAAUGUGCUAGUGUAUUCCUUGGUGAAAAUUCUAGGAGUGUUAACUACUGCCUUAUCUAUUUACAGUCUUCUGAGAGAUAAUUUAAAUCUAUUGCUUUAAUUUCUCAAAAUUGGUGAAUAUAACAUUGCUUUACAGUGUAUGACUGACUUUUUAAAAAAAACUGUUUUGUGAAUGAGACUUAAUGUCAGAAUUCCCACAUUGGGUAGCAGAUGGUUUAUAACCAAAUAAAAUUCAGUUAAGUUGUACAUGGAAAAAGAAAAACUCUUAGGUUUUUUUUAUUAUAACUUUUGCCCUUCAAUGGUUCUGGGCCAAAUAUGACACAAAUGCUGGAAGAUUACAUUUAAGAUUUUUUUAAAUUUUUACUCGUUUUUUUUUUUCUCCCCCCUUCCCCCCCCGUCUAAAUUGGUAACUGACAGAUUACAUAAUAGAAAGAUUAGUGGCAAGUUCAUUGCAGGUUUGGUUAAAGAUUUAUCUUGACAACUGUUAGACUGCAAAAAGGAGAAACAGGUAGAGAUUUCUGGUGUAAUUUAACCAGGUUUGGUCUAUGUCGUGCAGCAGGAGAUUGGUGUAGUGUCAAUGCCCUCCGGCUGGAACAGUUCUUGCCCCAGUGGCACCCCUUAGUAAACCGAUACUGGUCCCAAUACAUUGCUAUCAGAUCGUGAACUGACACCAAAUAUUGUCUGAUGGUACUACUAUAAUGCACGACUAAUGCAUGUAAAGAGGGAGUGGUGCUGAUGGUUUCACAAUGGAUUUCUUUGAUUUUCCUGCUGGCUCCAGCUUUGCUGUUGACACACGGCAUUAUCUGUAGCGGUCACCAUACAAUUGGCUUGCACGACAUCAGUUAUACAGGCUUUACCUACAGAAAAGAUUGAUCAGCAUGAAAGCUAGAACCUGUUCUGAUAAAGUUCGCGUUUGCAUUUGCUUGCCCUGGACCACAUUUGUGUAUAAUCUUUUUUUUCUGUUGGAAUGAACAAACCAUCUUGAUCUACUGUUUUGUAAUGGGGGAAACUUAUAAAUGAAACUGUUGAGAAUUGCUACAUUCGUUAGGAAAUUUGCAAUAAAGGUUUUUGCAAACAG